AUGGAUAUUAGCCCUCUUGGAAUUGCCAAGGCUGUCAUUCCUAAUUUACCUCUAGUAAUAAUGACCGCCGUUUUGGCAUUGCUUUCUCGGUCCCCGAAUGCUUCAGUCCAGGAUGUCAUCACUGAAGUCAUAGUAGUGACUGCAAGACCUAUGCUUAGCACUCCGGCGGCUAUAUUGGAAUCUCAAAUACGAUCUCAAAUAGACUGGGGAGUAUGGGGACCAAUGUGGAUUGCCAAGUAUGCCAUACCAAGACCUCAAGAUGAUUGCCAUGACAACGAAAGAGUUUAUGGUGUUAGAAAUGCUUUAGUGAAAGCAAUAAAAGAGCUUGGGACCGAUGAUAAUGCUUUCGAUCUGCCAGAAAUUGUCGAUGUGCAAGCUGAGUGGACAGGCUAUCGUAGUGGAGCCUCAACUAUUGCUCGCCGACUAGAUAUACCUGAGUUCCCACGAUUCUUUAUUUUUCAUGGCGGAGCUUUCUGUCUUAUGGAUCCUGUCACUCACCGACCGGCAACAUCUGCGUUGGCUCAACAAACUGGUGGCCGUUGCUUUUCAGUUCGCUAUCGACUGGCACCCCAAGAUCCAUUUCCAUCGGCACUUUUAGAUGCGUUCAUCGCUUAUCUGUCAUUGAUCUCGCCUCCGCCUGGCUCUUUCCAUGAACCUAUUUCUGCCAAGAAUAUUAUUUUCUCGGGUGACUCAUCAGGGGCAGGAUUAGCGACAUCGCUUUUACUACUAUUGACAACUUUGAAUCGUAUGGGGAUUGACCAAAUUCGUUUCCAUGGCGUGAAUGUGCCAAUCGAUGCAACCAAAGUUGCUGGCCUUGCCAUUACUUCGCCUUGGCUCGAUAUUUCCCGAUCCCUCCCUUCCGUAUUGAGGAACAUUCAGUACGAUAUAAUAGCACCACCUUCAUCAGAUUAUACAAUGCCUCAUCCCAGAUUUCCUCACGAUUCGGUCUGGCCAGCCCGAUCACCUCGUGUUGAGACCUAUUGCGAGUCAUCAAUGGUCACACAUCCACUUGUCAGUCCGCUUGCGGCUAAGAGAGAGCACUGGCGUGGUGUAGCACCAGUCUACGUUAGUGUAGGUUGGGAGAGUAUGCAAGAUGAAGCAGAGGUUUUUACCCGUAGAUUGCACGAGGUCGGAGGGACAGUCAUAUUCGAUGGGUACGUGGGAAUGCCGCAUUGCUUUGCUCUCAUGCCAUGGAAUCAAGCUGGAAGAACUGCUUUCAAGAAUUGCGCGAAUUUUUGUGUAGCGGCGGUUCAAGGUAAAGUAAAGAGCAAUAACUUCGGUUCAUGGACAGAUAAAGAUGGAAUCGUCGAGACGGUUGAGCUGGAAAAACUAGGAAUGAGGACCAAUGAACGGAAAAUUGACCUUGACGACGUCCUCGUAAAUAAACUUCUAGCAAAGCAAAGAAGGUGGAGGGUCGACUUGGAAAAGAAGUUAAGGAACUGCGAAAAGGGCGAAACAAUAAAGAUAAAUUCAAUCAGGAAUGGCAAGUAA